ACAGAGACCUCUACAGCACAGACACACAGCCAUGGCACCUACAGUACCUGCAGCAAUGACCUACUCUAAGGAGCACCUGAUUCUGACCAACAAGCUGAGAAAGCCAGUGGUGGAGAAGAUGCGCAGAGAUCGUAUCAACAGCAGCAUUGAGCAGCUCAAGUCUCUCCUUGGACCAGCAUUCCUGCAGCAGCAGCCAGACUCCAAGCUGGAGAAAGCAGACAUCCUGGAGAUGGCAGUUUUCUUCCUCAAACGACAGCAGCAGCCAGUGAGCAGCUCCUCCUCACCUGUCAGUCAGGGGUACUCCAGGUGUGUCCAAGAGAUCAAGCAUUUCCUGUCCAGGGAGGAAGUGAUGUCGCAAUCCCAGAAAAGACUCCUGAACCAUUUCCAGAGCCUGCCAUCUUCCUCUGAUAUGACCAAGAGUCAGAGUGUGUUGCCUCAGCUGAACUCUCCAGCCAGACAGACCACCAGCAAAGAGGAGACUCCAGUCAAAGGCGCCCUCUGGAGGCCGUGGUAGAGUCCUGCAGAUGCUCACUGGACACUCAGACUAACAGAAUUAAAAAGGCUUGUCUAAUAUGGGCCUGGACAGUAAUUCUUAGCUUGUAGGAAGUGUUUAUCUUCCUCUUCUGCAUGUGCAGGAGGUUAAAUAUAUGCUCUCAAUGAGACAGAAUAAGGCUAACCAGUGUUGGUUCUAACUGAAAGAUUGUAUUCAGAAUUCUCCUUUUCUUCUCUAGGACAUUCUGAGAAAGUGUAUUUUUCUUGAAGUCAGUUAUAUAUUUUUCCUAUAGAGGAUUUUAAAUUUUUAAUUUGUUACAAAAACAUGUUCAAUUUGCUACAAAAAUUCUAGUUUGUACCACAACAUGUUACAUCACAUUUUUUUAAAAAGCAUCUAUGAUUAUUAUUACUCAGAUUGAGUAUUCUUUUUCCACUGUGGAUAUUCUGCACUUAAUUUACUGGAUUAUGAGGUGUAUGGUUCAGUUAACACAAAAUGUAACCUUCCGUGAAGGAAAGAUGAAAUCUUGUAGCAUGCAUAUGCUCAGUGAAGGAAAUAUUUGUAUAAUUCUUAAAAUGUACAUGGUAAGAGUUAGUUUGUGGUACUUAUCUGAAUAAUCACACAAAAAUUGCAUGUCAUUACAUGCACUUAAGUAUAAUUCUUCUCAUUAUGGUUGAGAGCCAUUACUGUGUUAAUGGUUUCUGUAUUGCUUGAUCUUUAAUACAGGUCUUUAAUGAAUGCACUGUUUGGUGUGUUCUCCUGCCUUCAAGUUGCCUUCAAGCAAUAGCAGUGAAAAGUUUUCAUCGUUUAUGUUUUGCAGAGAAUAUUUUUUGUUGCCUUCUGUGAUGGCAAGUUUACAUGUAGAUUUUUCUGGGAAAAUUGUGGAUUUAUUUGCAUGAAACAUUUUCAUACAAGCAUUGUUUCAGAAAAGAAAAAUAAAUGGUCAAAAAUA